UUCUGGACUUGAGAACUUGAGGUUGCUUCGGUGAUUGCGUCGCUUUAGGGUAAAGGCAUAUGGUGGUGACCUUGUCUUCUGGACUGGGAUGAACCGCGCUCCUGGUGGAAGCAGGGAAGCCGAGCUAAGCCAUGGCCAGUACAGUGGUAGCAGUUGGACUGACCAUUGCUGCUGCAGGAUUUGCAGGCCGUUACGUUUUACAAGCCAUGAAGCACAUGGAGCCUCAAGUAAAACAAGUUUUUCAAAGUCUACCAAAAUCUGCCUUCAGUGGUGGCUAUUACAGAGGUGGGUUUGAAACCAAAAUGACAAAACGGGAAGCAGCAUUAAUACUAGGUGUAAGCCCUACAGCCAAUAAAACAAAAAUAAGAGAUGCUCAUCGACGAAUUAUGCUUUUAAAUCACCCAGAUAAAGGAGGAUCUCCUUACAUAGCAGCCAAAAUCAAUGAAGCUAAAGAUUUAUUAGAAGGUCAAGCUAAAAAAUGAAGUAAAUGUAUGAUGGAUUUUAUGCUCAUUAAUUUAUGUAUAUGAGUACUGAUUUUUUUUAAUAAUAAAACUCCUCAGAGCUCCAAUUUUUAAAAAAUGA